CGCCAACGCUUUCACCCGGAACGCAGCAGCCAUUGACGGAGCCGAAGAUGGAGAAGGCAAAGGAAUUGCUGCAAGUGACCUCGGAAGAAUCGCAAUAUCUGUCGCAACACCUUCCUCCUCUCACACCUCACUCAGAUUUCUGUUUCUAUGAGCACUUUAUCCUCAGAGGCAUCCAAGUGGAUCGAGUCGAACCCGGUCUCGUCGUUUGUACUUUCAAACUCCCUCCUCGCUUCACCGACAGAACUGGCAAGUUGGCUACGGGUGCAAUAGUCAACCUUGUAGAUGAACUUGGAGGUGCCGUAGCUCAUUCGGAAGGUUUCCCCGCGAAUGUUUCAGUUGACAUGUCCAUUUCUUUUCUUUCAACUGCCCAUGUUAAUGAUGAACUAGAGAUUACUUCUAGGCUCUUAGGACGGAAAGGAGGGUAUGCUGGAACAAUAGUUCACCUCAGAAACAAAGCAACUGGAGAAUUAAUAGCAGAAGGUCGCCAUUCAUUAUUCGGAAGACAUGCAAGCAAAAUUUAGUUCUCUUAUGGUUUGAAUACAUAAGCAAACAAAAAGGGGUUAUUUUAUGAAACAGAUCUGUUAAUGUGUUUAUUUAUUCGAUAUGUUCCAGUGAAGGACAUGGAGGGAGGCUUUUGUACACUGAAGGAACAAAAAAAAAAAUUAGAAAUUUUCUCCCUUUGAA